UGGCCGAUCAGCUUGGACUUGAACACCAGCAUGUCAACAUUGUAGACUAACCUCUCCAAGAAAACACGUGUAACAUCGUACACUUUCGAAAUUUUGUGAUUUUCGCAUUGUUUUUCAUCCUAAAAGUGAUAACAUGGCAAAACGACCCGAACAUUUGGCACCACCCGAAGUGUUUUACAAUGAAGAUGAGGCCAGGAAAUAUACUCAAAAUUCGAGGAUGAUGGAUAUCCAAGUUCAAAUGUGUGAACGUGCCAUUGAACUACUUCUUCUCCCUGAGGAUGAAUCAUGUUUUCUAUUGGACAUUGGAUGUGGGUCUGGCCUGAGUGGCGGUGUUCUAGAAGAUCAAGGACAUUUCUGGAUUGGAGUAGACAUUUCAUCUGCAAUGCUCAAUAUCGCAUUGGAACGUGAAGUAGAAGGUGAUCUAAUUCUCAGUGACAUGGGACAAGGUAUGCCAUUUCGGGCUGGUACGUUUGAUGGAGCAGUAAGCAUUUCAGCUCUCCAAUGGCUUUGCAACGCUGACAAAACAAGUCACAAUCCAGUGAAAAGACUAUACAAAUUUUUUUCUACUUUAUUCGCGUGUCUUUCACGAUGUGCCAGAGCAGUGUUUCAAUUUUAUCCUGAAAAUAGCGAUCAGAUAGAAUUGGUAACGACGCAAGCUACCAAGGCUGGAUUUUUUGGUGGUGUCGUAGUGGAUUAUCCUAACAGUACAAAAGCAAAAAAGUUUUUCCUGGUAUUGAUGACAGGAGGCGCGAUGCCAUUACCAAAGGCCCUUGGUACAGAGAACAAUGGAUCAACCAUUAAUUACACAGCAAGGCGAGAGCAAGCAAAGAAAGCUAGAGGUAAGCCUCUAAAAAAGAGCCGAGAAUGGAUUCUCGAGAAGAAGGAACGACGAAGAAGACAAGGCAAAGAGACUCGGGAAAACACAAAGUACACAGGAAGAAAAAGGAGUGGACGAUUUUGAGUCUCAAGAGAGCAUCUAUAAAAAUCUCUAUCAUUGUAAAUAUUUAUUGCGCCAUGAUAAAAUUGAUAUUUGGUAUAAGAUCGUUGAAAUAAAAACUUCAAUGUGAUUUUUUUUCUUUC